CAAUUGUGCAAGUUUAUUUUAAAAAUUGCAGGGUCACUCGAGAUAUAGCGAGGUCACCGAGGGAAAAGUACUGCGUAGUUCAGUAGCUGGUUACUGUUCGUUAAUUGUAGCCAUGCUAAUCCUGUUUGUGCUCUUGUGUUUAGUUGCUGCAAUACGCGGUCAAGGCAACAGCGUAUUCAUACCGCAGUGUGCGAACAAUGACCACUGCCCUCUGGAUCACGCUUGUGUUGCCCAGAGAUGUGAAGAUCCUUGUGUCGGCACUUGUGGCUCCAACUCCACCUGCCACGUUAGGUUCCAUAUCCCUUCGUGCGCCUGCCCUUCAGGCUACACCGGGGACCCUUUGACAGCUUGCUUUCCACAGGUACAGCCGCAGUGCACAGCUAAUGACCACUGCCCGCUGGAUCGCGCUUGUGUUGGCCAGAGAUGUGACGAUCCUUGUGUCGGCGUUUGUGGCUCCAACUCCACCUGCCAAGUGAGGUUCCACAUCCCUUCGUGCGUCUGCCCUUCAGGCUACACCGGGGACCCUUUGACAGCUUGCUUUCCACAGGUACAGCCGCAGUGCACAGCUAAUGACCACUGCCCGCUGGAUCGCGCUUGUGUUGGCCAGAGAUGUGACGAUCCUUGUGUCGGCGUUUGUGGCUCCAACUCCACCUGCCAAGUGAGGUUCCACAUCCCUUCGUGCGUCUGCCCUUCAGGCUACACCGGGGACCCUUUGAUAGCCUGCUUUCCACAAGUACAGCCGCAGUGCACAGCUAAUGACCACUGCCCGCUGGAUCGCGCUUGUGUUGGCCAGAGAUGUGAAGAUUCUUGUGUCGGCGCUUGUGGCUCCAACUCCACCUGCCAAGUGAGGUUCCACAUCCCUUCGUGCGCCUGCCCUUCGGGCUACACCGGCGACCCUUUCACUGCUUGUUUGCCUCAGGACCCUCCAGAGAGUUGCUCACCCCCCACCAGAAAGGUUUACAGAGUUCACAGUGCUCAAAAGAUUAACUGGUACUCUGCAGUUUUGCACUGUCUGUCCAUUGGCGAGAGAUUGGCAAGUAUCACAUCCAAAGAAGAAAUGAAUUUAAUCAAAGAAGAGAUCUCCAGAACAGGCAUUCGAAAUGACCAGUUCUGGACGUCCGGAAACAGCUUCGUGCUGGGAAAAUGGACUUGGUUUUCUACUGGGCUGCCCAUUACGUUCGUAGACUGGGGAGCCGGAGAGCCCAAUAACAUCAAUAACAAUGAAAAGUGUGUACAAUAUCACGAAAGGAACAGAACCGGCUACGUGUGGAAUGACGUCACAUGUGUCGGACUGAGCUACCCAAUAUGUGAACAUUUUGAGAAAUAAGUUAUCGAUAUAAAAAAUAUAUAUUUAUAUAUCAAAGAAAAUAAAUUUUUUGGGUAAAUUUGGA